AUGAAUCACCCACAUGUCCUUCUCGUUUCUCAACACGCCUACGGCCAUCUCAACCCAACCAUUGAGCUCGCCAAGAACCUGCGACGCGCCGGUGCACGUGUCACCAUUGCCACCACCGUCAGCGGCUUCAACAACAAGCUCAAAUCUCUGCCUUUCUUCCAUGACAUCUCUUGUGUUUCCUUCUCCGACGGCCAUGAUGAUGACAUCAACCCAGACAAGAUCCCCGGCUACUUUCAAGACCUAGAGCGCGUGGGCUCCGAGAGCCUUGCAUGUGUUAUUCAAUCUUUGUCAGAAAGCGGCAACCAGGUCACAUUGCUAGUUUACACCCUUUUCAUACCUUGGGCAGCGGUGGUGGCGCGUGAGCUAAACGUGCCUUCUGCGAUCCUCGUCAUCCAAACCGUCACAUACUUUUCGAUUUAUAACCAUUUCUGCAACAGUCGUGAUGGUAUUGCUGUUGUAAACAAAGAUAUAGAAACAUCCAUUUCUCUACAAUUACCAGGAAUGCCCUUGUUGAAAUGUAGUGAUUUUCCAACGUAUCUAUUGCCAACUGACCCGACUUUUUCCGAAAUGAUUUCUCUUUGUCAAGAACACCUUAAAUUUCUUGAGGAAGAACCUAAUUUACGUGUGCUGGUGAACACUAUGGAUGACCUGGAGCCUGAUUCCAUAAAAUCCAUCAAGAACGCCGUUAUCCUCGGCCCAUUGGUUCCUUCUUCUUUCUCUGACAAUGUCGGCUCAUAUUUCCGAUGGCUAGAUUCAAAACCAGAAAACUCGGUGAUAUACGUGUCAUUUGGGAGCAAGGCUGUGCUAAGCAAAGCUCAAAAGGAAGAGAUCUACAUGGAUUGA